CUCGGUGGUGUUUCUCUGUUGCACAUAUUUGGAAAGUGCUGCACCUGGAAUACUCUUCAAAGCUCUCAGUACUGCAGUCUGCUGUGAUGGCCAAGCUGCAGGCCUUUGAGUUCUGGAGGAAGACCCUGAAGGAAGCCCGAUAUGUGGUGGCCCCCAUGGUGGACCAGAGCGAGCUGGCGUGGCGGCUGCUGAGUCGCAGGCACGGCGCUCAUCUCUGCUACACCCCCAUGCUGCACGCUCAGGUGUUUGUUAGGGACGCUAACUACAGGAGAGAUAACCUCUACAAUGAAGUGUGUGAGGAGGACAGACCGCUUAUCACACAGUUUUGUGCCAAUGAUCCAGAGGUGUUCAUUCAGGCGGCUCUGAUGGCGCAGGACUACUGCGACGCCAUCGACCUGAACCUGGGCUGCCCACAGAUGAUCGCAAAGAGAGGGCAGUAUGGAGCUUUCCUACAAGACAAGUGGGAGCUGCUAGAGAAGAUGGUCAGGUUAGCCAAUGAAAAGCUCUCGGUGCCCAUUACCUGCAAGAUCCGUGUGUUCGAGGAGAUGGAGAAGACGGUCCGCUACGCCCAGAUGCUGGAAAGAGCUGGCUGUCAGCUGCUGACAGUGCACGGCAGAACCAAAGACCAGAAAGGAGCCAUGACGGGGAUCGCUAACUGGGAGCACAUCAGGGCAGUACGGAAGGCGGUAAAUAUUCCAGUGUUUGCAAAUGGGAACAUUCAGCACCUGAGUGACGUGGAGUGCUGCAUUCAGGAGACGGGAGUGCAGGGAGUCAUGAGCGCAGAGGGGAACCUCCACAACCCGGCGCUGUUUGAGGGUCGCAGCCCCCCGGUGUGGGAGAUAGCGGAGGAGUAUCUGGAGCUGGUGAAGCUGCACCCCCCCUGCACUCUGUCCUACGUACGAGCCCACCUCUUCAAGCUCUGGCACCACACGCUACAGAUCCACCAGGACCUUAGAGAGGACAUGGCCAAAAUGAAGACCGUGGAGGGUUUGGCCGAUGUCAGCAAACAGCUGAAGCUGCGUUGCCAGGAGGAGAUAGCCAAUGGAAAUGGAGGUGAGGAGAAGAAGAGCAGCCUGCCCUUCCCUCACUGGAUCUGCCAGCCUUACAUCAGACCUGUCCCUAGUCCCGAGGAGCCGGUUCCUUACGGUAACAAACGGGGUCCAGAAGUGAUGAAGGCGAUGUGUCAGAAGAGGGCGCUGGAGGACUCUGACGGAACAGCUGACCAGCUCUCCAAAAACAAGCAGAAGAAGAAAUCCCGAAACCCCAACAAGAACUUCUGUGUCGAGCAGAAACCCAAGUAUGUCAAGUGUGAGCAGUGUGGGAACCCAAAGGGGAACAAAUGUGUGUUCAACCUGUGUCGAGCCUGCUGCAAGAAGAAAGCCUACAAGGAGGUGGCAGACUGUCCAAGCCACGGGCUGAGGUUUAAGACCAAAGCAGAGAAACAGAAAGCUGAGGAGAACGGGAAGGUGAACGGCGAGGAGAAGAAAGAGGAGACGAAAGAGGAGACGAGGGAGGAGACAAAGGAAGAAAAGAAGAAUGGCAGCCCCACAGAAAGAGAGAUCAGCUCCUCUCCUCAGCCUCCCACAAAGCUUCAGGUUCAGCCACUUUGAACAAGACUCUAUAUCUUUACAUCUCUACGUGCACACUGAGCGGUCACAUGUCUGCCCCCCUGCUGAGACUAAACCAGAUUAGGUCAUACAUUUCUAUGUCUAAAAGGUUGACCAACAUUUGGUCUCAUCAGAGUCCAAAUGUUCUCCACAGUAAAGCUCUCCUGUGAUGUGCUGGGAGAUGGUCAGUGUGUGCACGUAGAGACCACCUCAACAGGAAGAGAGCGACCAGCCACCAAAUGAUUGAUGUGAUGCGGAUUUCUAGAACGAACAUUAACUUGGGAUAUUCUUUCUUUUGUUCUAUUUUCUUUGCUGUGACAGGUUUUGGAGUUCCUCUCCUGAUUCUAACACGUUUUUCAAUUUUUAAGACAAAUAUUUUAAGAACACAAUGUCUGACUCAUUUAAGCCAAAGUUAAAGGACUUGUAUUUCUUCAUUUGACUCAUGAAUGAACAUAAAGGAUUUCCUGUUGAGCAUUGACUUCUGUGCCUUUGGAUGAGAUGCUCCUCUAUCAUAGAAGUCACAGUCACUGUUUAGCGGAGUAGUCUGUUUGCCAGCUCAUAAAGUCCUAUAGUGAGUACCCCAACAUUUGAUGUUAGAAAUGUAAAGUAUGGGUCCCCAGCACAUAGAAACUGCCCGGUGCUAACUUGCAUAUGUUGGGCAAUCGCACAAUUAGCACAAGUUGUGUUAAUUACAGGGUGUCCGCGGGGUCUUAAAUUAAGAAAUAUUAAAAGUUGAUAAUACAAUUUAGCAAAAA